UUUUGGAUGAGAACGCGCGCAUUUAUCUAGCCGAACUUUGGCUAACUGUUACCCGUUUCCUUCUACCAGAGAAACUUUCGGAAAACAAGUCUGAAACUGAUUUCUUUCGUCGAAAUUACUUGGCAAGGCAGCUAGGAGGAAUAGGAAAUGGAGAGGUACAGUAGCAGCAGUAAUAGGCUGUACUCAGGGCCUCUGUCUGCGUCUGGACAGAAGAUCCUAGCAGCUCUCCGAGCCCAGAGCCACAACCACUACUCUGACACAGCCAGGGCCCAAAGCUACAGACAACAUGAGCGGUAUGACAGCAGACCGAGAGGGUACCAGUCAGAGGCCAGCUGGAGCAGAGGAACACAGGAGGAGAGGAGAGGGAGGGAGGCAGACCGGCCUUGGUCCAGACCCCAGUCCUAUUCCCAGUCUUCCUCCUCAUGGGACGCUGCAUCCCAGAGGGACUACUCUCAGACCCCAGCACUGUCCCAGGACUCUGCCUCCUCUUCUACCCACAGAAUGAGGUACCCUCUGGCCCUCCACACGCCCUCAAACGAGCCUCACUGGAGAGACGCUCCUGAAGAGACAGAACCCACCUUCUCACUCCACUUCGCCUUGGAUGACCAGGGCCCUUCCAGACCACCCUUGCCCAGAGUGGAGCACCAAAGACAGAAGCCAACUGGGGCCUGUGGACCACCAUUAUCCAGAGCUAAUGUUAGCGUAGCCCCAAAGAACCACGUAAAAAGCCUAGAAACUCAAAGUGAAGGCUGGCACUUAGGAGAUGGGGAAUGGCAAUGCCCUGAACAUAGCCAAGAAGAAAACUCCAUAGCCCCAGAGGACCAAAGAGAGAGGCUGGCUAAAGCCAAGCCCAUUGAAGUAGCCUUAGCUGGUGGAGGAGAUGCUGACCGUCGGGCCCCAGUGCCUGUUAAUAAAUGGCAGUUUGUGAGUAUAGUACUGCCUCCACCUCAGAGAGCUUACAAGGCCGAAGAGAAGGCAGACUGUGACAAAAAGAGACCAGCGAGAGGGCUGUUACUUCCUGCAUCAGAGAGUGAGGACUUCACAAUGAAGGACAUGGACAGUGGUCCGAGCUUUGAACUAAGAAUGGAGGAUGACAUUGGAGGAAGUUGUGCAUUGGAGAAGGAUAGCUUUGGAGCAAGUCACACAGUAGAAAGGGAUGGCUUUGGAGCAAGUCAAGGUUUGGAGAGGGAUGGCUUUGGAGCAAGUCACAUAGUAGAAAGAGAUUGCUUUGGAGCAAGUCAAGGUUUGGAGAGGGAUGGCUUUGAAGCAAGUCACACAGUAGAAAGGGAUGGCUUUGGAGCAAGUCACACAGUAGAAAGGGAUGGCUUUGGAGCAAGUCAAGGUUUGGAGAGGGAUGGCUUUGGAGCAAGUCACACAGUAGAAAGGGAUAGCUUUGGAGCAAGUCAUGCUUUGGAGAAGGAUGGCUUUGGAGCAAGUCAAGGUUUGGAGACUGACUUUGGAGCAAGUCACACAGUAGAAAGGGAUAGCUUUGGAGCAAGUCACACAGUAGAAAGGGAUAGCUUUGGAGCAAGUCAUGCUUUGCAGAGGGAUGACUUUGGAGCAAGUCACACAGUAGAAAGAGAUGGCUUUGGGGCAAGUCAUUCAAUGGAGCGAGAUGGUUUUGGAGCAAGUCAUUCACUGAAGAGAGAUGGCUUUGGAGCAAGUCAUGCUUUACAGAGGGAUGGCGUUGGAGAAAACCUGCUAUUCAAUGGGGGUGACGUCACUGGGGGCCACAGGGACAGCACAGAAAGCCCGUGUGUAGUUGGAUUAGUUGAUCACCAGGGGGCGCUGCAUGGAGACACAGCCCAGUCAGAGGAGGAGAUUGUGACAGGAGGAGGACCAAGGGAGAACCUCAGCGAGAGAGAUCCCUUUAAGAGGAAACGGCUCGUCGGUGAUAUGACUACUGACAACCAGAGAGGGAUGGGGGGUGGAGAGAUGGGGGGAAGAGUGGAGAGGGAGAGAAAGGAUGACAUCAAUAAAGGAGGGUUGAAGAAAAAGAUGGAGAGGAAGAACAGCAGGAGUAGUACCAAACCCCACCAGCAGAGGAAGGUGUCACCCUCACUGGGGCAGAUGAGGGAUGGAGAGGGCCAGGGGGUGACAGAGACUGAUAGUCACCCAGAAGAGAGAAGGAACAUGGAUGGGCCAUUGGUGACAGCUGCACAGAGGAACAGUGGAGGAAACACAGAACCCUUAGCUGCUGGACAUUUCAUUCCGAAGCCGUCUCAGGAGGGUGGGAGAGUAUUCAGAGCCCCCACUCUGCGGGGCACCUGUCUGGGACAGACCCCCCUGGCUACUAAUCAUCACAACGACACUCAGGCUGGUGAUGGAGGCUCCAGAGAGAGGGGGUUGAGUAUAGAUCCUGCACUAACCAACCCCUCUCUUGCUGGGCAUGGAAGGGCUGCAGGGCUGGGCUCUGGCCUGACCUCUAUAUGUGCUAGUGGUGAGGAGGAGAGCAGCGGCCAUCACCCUCUCCUCUCUGCCCAACAACCGCCCCUGACCCCUACCUUCUCCCUCAAAAGUAAACACGGCGCCCCUCUGCCCAAAAUCGCCCUUUUCAGGCGGCCGGUGAAAUGGGAACCCCCUCAGUCCUGUCAGGAGAAAGCAAGGACCUUGCAAAGGGGCCAGGAAUGGUGCAAAACUCAAACCCCCAAACACCCAGACCUGACCCCAGCCUUUAUACUAGACCACCGAGCCAAAACCAAGACCCUCCACAAGACUGAGGGGACCAAGAGUGUUGCUCUAACCGCUAACCCCCCACAUCGACCCCCAGCCAACCCAGUUAGGCCAAGACAGGGGGUCCCAAUGGGGGAGAGGGGGCUUGAAUCAACCAGGGACCAUUCUAGUUCAGACACUCCUCAGCAUAGAUCCUCCAAAACCCCCAAACCACCCAAGCCGAAGCGGGCCAAACCUGGGCCUAACCAGUGUCAACUCACCCCAGAAACUGAACCAGAGGGGGGAAGCGGUGCCGGUGACCCCCGGGCCCAGUCCAACCAAUCCAAAACCUGUCUGACUACAGCCAUGAUCUCUGACCCCAGAGUAAGGGAUGCUGGGAAGUUGAGUCCUGAAGAGAGAGGCAGGGUGCUGGAGGAGGCAGGGCAGGCCAGUGCGCUGGUUCUGACCAUGGUGUACCAGGACGGAACCACUCAGAUGGACCCAGAACAGAAGCUCAGUCCGUCAGUGUGUGGGGUGCUGGUGAUGUUGAAAAGAGAUCUGGACCAGACUGGACCAGUACCAGGACCAGAGGAGGGGGUGGCACAACGAGACAGUCUGGUCUACCUCAGACUGGAACAGAAACCUGCAUGGGCCCAGAGCCACCAAGACCACAACCUAGACCUCUUCAAUAGAGAGAUGCUGCUGCAGGUAGUGUCAGGGUCUCAACUGGUGGUGUGUUACAAGGCCAAAGACCUGCUCCGUACAGCACUGCAGCACUACAGACCAGACCUACACUGGAAACAAUUCUCAUCUUGUCGCAUCCAGGACCCCCAGGUAGCAGCCUGGCUAUUGGACCCAGCUGACCCAUCUUCCUGCUUCACCAACCUGCUCACCAAACACUGUAGGACACCCCCCAGAACCCCCACACCUGCCCUGGGGGCAAGGAAGGUCUGUAGCACCAAACAAUACAACUAGUCUCUCUGGCACACCAGCCAUCAAUUCCGCCAUUGAAGCAGGAGACCCCACCAAUCCUGGUCCAGAAUAUCGAUAAGGUGUGCAGGCUUUAUUUCCAGCCCAGCAUCACCACACCUAAUUCAACUGAUCUCUCAUUUUUGUCCUUUAUCUAGAGCCCUGCACAAGCAUGAAAUUUAGGCCCGAGCUCUACCCAUGCCCGCGACGUUCAGGCCCUACCCAACCCGGGCCCCAUUGCUUCUGCCAAAUUGAAGACCCGGCCGUACCCGAAAUCAGAAAUAACUUUCUCUGUCAGUAUAACCAUUAGCUGCUCCUCUGUCCGUCCCCCGCUUCCUGCACGGCCCCCUCUUCCCUGCGUGUGUGAGUAUCCACAGCAACGGCUCCGCUGGGCCGCCUGCUCAAUGACUACGAGACGUGAGAGAGCUGUUAGCCGGCUACAUUUCGUCACUCGAAACUCUGACCAAACUCACAGAACAUUAUUAUCUUUCUGUGAUUGAUAUAAUCUCUCCUGUCGACUCCUUACAUUUGACGAGGUCGAAGCACCUCUAAUACCAUGUUAUGAUCUUAGUCAGAUACGGCUGUACAGAGAGACACUGCGCAGCGGAGUAUGAGCAAAUAGCUCUGCCUCAAAAUGUUAGCGAUCAAUUUAGUCUUGAAAAUAAUAACCUACACCGGCCCGUACCCUACCCCUCCC